AUGGCUGCCGAGAAGCAGGUCCCUGGCGGCGGCGGCGGUGGCGGCGGCGGUAGCGGCGGCGGCAGCGGCGGUGGACGCGGUGCCGGCGGAGAGGAGAAUAAAGAAAACGAACGGCCUUCGGCCGGAUCGAAGGCAAACAAGGAAUUUGGGGAUAGCCUGAGUUUGGAGAGUAUCCUAGAGGAGUCGGGCCUAGCUCGCUGUGACUACGUGUCGCUCCGGGGCUACUGUUCCCGCAGACAGCGACGUCUCCGGAAGACACUCAGCUUCAAGAUGGGGAACAGGCACAAGUUCACAGGGAAGAAAGUAACGGAGGACCUUCUGACGGAUAACAGGUACUGCCGUCCUGCCUCUGAAGUUGGUGCGUUGGGGUUCAGUCAGCGGCUGAACAUGGAGACCCUGCUGAGGAGUAGCAGCACCGCUAGGUUAGAUGUUGGAGAGACCAUCUACGAGAAACUGGCCAGUGCGUUCACCGAAGAGCAGGCGGUGCUGUAUAACCAGCGGGUGGAGGAGAUCUCGCCCAACAUCCGCUACUGUGCUUACAACAUCGGGGACCAGUCAGCCAUCAACGAGCUAAUGCAGAUGAGACUGCGCUCCGGGGGCACUGAAGGUCUCCUGGCAGAAAAGUUGGAGGUAAUCUCGUUUGUACAUCUUCUCUUUGUAAUAGAGCUGUACCUGCCCCCAGUAAAUGAUUUUUUUAAAUCAAAGAAAAGAACCCCACGGAAGAGGGUUGGUCUUCCCGUACACAUAGUGAGUAGACCCAUGGGAGAGCCUUACCAGGUGGGGCUCGGCAUACCAGGGACGUGCUCUUUUUGUGCAGUGUUUUGGGGUGUCUGGUGUGGUGGUGGGAACCUAGCCCUGCUGUUCCUCCCUCCUGCCGUUGUCCAGGCCGAGAGCGAGGAGACCAAGGAGCGGCUGUUCGAGUCCGUGCUCAGUGAGUGUCGGGAUGCGGUCCAGGCUGUCCGGGAGGAGCUGGAACCAGAUCAGAAACAGAGGGAUUACACUCUAGAUGGGGAGUCGGGCAAGGUCUCCAAUCGGCAGUACCUGCACAGCUACCUGACUUUCAUCAAGCUGUCGACAGCGAUCAGACGCAACGAGAACAUGGCCAAGGGGCUGCAGAGGGCCCUGCUGCAGCAGCAGCCUGAGGAUGACAGCAAGCGCUCGCCCCGGCCCCAGGAUCUGAUCCGCCUCUACGACAUCAUUCUGCAGAAUCUGGUGGAGUUGCUCCAGCUUCCGGGCCUGGAGGAGGACAAAGCCUUCCAUAAAGAGAUCGGGCUCAAGACCCUGGUCUACAAGGCUUACAGGUGUUUUUUCAUUGCUCAGUCCUACGUGCUGGUGAAGAAGUGGAGCGAAGCCCUAGUCUUGUACGACAGGGUCCUGAAAUAUGCAAAUGAAGUGAGCUCAGAUGCCGGGGCCUGCAAGAACAGCCUGCAGGACCUGCCCGACGUGCAAGAGCUCAUCACUCAAGUGAGGUCGGAAAAGUGCUCUCUGCAAGCAGCCGCCAUCCUGGAUACAAGUGACUCCCACCAAACAGAGGUGGCCUCCCAGGUCAAUGACAAUAAGCCUCUGGUGGAGCGGUUUGAGACAUUCUGCCUGGACCCUUCUCUCGUCACCAAGCAAGCCAGACUGGUGCACUUCCCGCCGGGCUUCCAGCCCAUCCCCUGCAAGCCCUUGUUCUUUGACCUUGCCCUCAACCACGUGGCGUUCCCACCUCUCGAGGACAAGUUGGAGCAGAAGGCCAAGAGCGGCCUCACCGGCUACAUCAAGGGCAUCUUCGGGUUCCGGAGCUAACUAGGCUCUUCCCUGGGGGUGUGGGGCCCAGUGAUCGAGCGAGCCUGACCCCGGCCAGUGCCGUGAUAUUAAACCCCAGUCUGCACUGGCGGGGCCGGGGACUGGACGCCUGCAGCCCCACGUUCCUAUGUCCCUUGUGUUUGUGCGCUUACACCCUUCACCCUGGCUCCCAGGCCUUCCUCCUGCGAUGCCAUGUGCAGGUUCCAACCCGCCAGGGAGGGGCCAUGGUGGGCUUGGCUCCCUCUGUUCACCCUCGUCCCUGGGGUCGGAGCAGAGCUGUGCUUCAUCAGUGCCCUGGAGUGGACAGUGGUGCAUCCUUGCUGUGGGGCAGCUGGUGACCUCAGGGCCCCUGAGACGUUUGUCCACAGCUGUGAGCUUUGGUCCUCGUCUCCAGAGUGACACUCGGCUCCCCCUCGCCUCCAAGGGCAAGAUCAAGAACAGAGCUCUAUUUUUAAAAGAACUGUGUUGUACUCAGAAGUGAUUAAACCAAAUCAUAUAUGAAAAGGCAAAGAUGAUGGCUAUUUGCCCCGUUUACAUGACCACACCCACACAUCUGGCCUCAGCCCUCCGGGGCCCUCGAGCAGCCCUCUGAGGUCGGGUCCUGGCAGCCUGGUCGGUGGGCGCUGCAGGCACAUGCCCAAGGUGGUGUUUGUGGAUGCUGUUAGGCUUGGACCAGGCGCCUUCCUUAUAUCAUCAAUAUCAGAAGUGUCUACAGCAAUGUCAGAAAGCGAGGAAUAAAAGUGAUUUGAACAUC